AUCGGCGGAGCGAAGCACGACAGCCGGCGGAUGGCGAACGGGGAUGCAAGCGGGGGACCGCGUACCGGGGGGCUCCCCAGGCCCCCAGACCCCCAGGUGUAACUCGCUGUUCGAGCAGUUCACCGCCGGACGCAGUGCCUUUAACGUCGGGUCGUCGCGCCGAUUCCUCUCCGCGCUUCUCUUCCGCGCCGAAUCCUCGUUCGAAUCUUCUCCUGGAAUCGCGGCGAACGAUGCCGUUCGGAUAAUCGAAUCCGCAUGCACCAGCAAACGACGGGCGAAAUGUCCGAGCGAUUUCAUAAGGCCGCGCGGGAAGGUAUGCUGGAUGUUCUAAAGGAAGCAACGAGAAAGGAUUGUAACGCGCGAGAUGAAGGAGGAAUGACCCCGACAUUAUGGGCAGCCUUCGAAGGCCACGUAGAUGCUCUGAGACUGCUGGUCGCCAGAGGAGGUGAUCCAGAUAAGACCGAUUAUUUCGGUAAUACUUGUUUGCACCUGGCAGCGGCGAGAGGCCAUGAAUUCUGUGUGAAAUUCCUGGUAAAAUUCGGUUGCAAUAUCUGGUCAUUGGACAUCGACCGUCAUUCCGCCCGUGAAUUAGCGGCAAUAAACGGCUGCGAGAGGAUCCUGCAGUUCCUGGACGUCGCUCAGGCCGAUCAGGAAUUGAAUAAUCGCAAGAAAAGCCGGUUACUCCGGGAAAAGGCGGAGAGAGAUGCGGAGAAGAGACUGAAGGAAUAUAUGAAGAAACAGAAAAUGGCAGAAAUUAGGGCAGAAAAGGAACAGAAGAAACUCAUAAAAGAUCGUGCUAAAUCAGACUUCGAUACGAUGAAUGAAUUGAACUCUCAACGGCCCGGGAUACUGACCUUUAGAGGCCGAAUGAAACCUUCUCCGACAUUCAGCGACAUCGUUGGUACCACUACAAAGAGACACGGCAGUACAGUUUGUCGAAAAGCUUUAGCUAAGAAAGCUGUCAACGAUUUCAAAGUCGUGGAGGUUGAAGUAAAUGGAAAGAAGUCAGUUCGAAGUCUCACCGGCGUUCGACGAGAUUCUGAAAUUAUGUACGUAGGCACGUAUGAUACUCAGCCUCAGCAUAUAGGCAUCAGAAGAGGAAAGAUCUCUGAUGUAUGGGGCACUCUGAGUAAAUCGCAAAGCACACCCGAUCUCUUAGGUGAAAGGAUAUACGAUGAAGAGGAGGAGGACAGAGAGGAAGAGAACUUGAACGUUGCGAAGGACACUGCUUUUCUUCAAGAACCAGCCAGCAUCUUUAACCGACCUGGUUUCGGUUCGGUGGCUUUUCGAAGGGCGAUAACAUCUACGCUGGACAAUCUACCGGUCACGCAGACGGACGUUCAACUGCAAAACAGUAAUUUUUCUGCGAAUGGUUCUACAAACGGAUCUAUAAACAGUAAUAAGUUCAGUCCAAACGGACACAACGAGGAAAUUAGUAUAGGAAGUGCCGGUAGUUUGGCACGCAGGCAAAGUUUGUGGGACGAGGAUCUUCUUUCAGAAGGUGAAGAGACGGAUGAAGAGUGGACACCUUUACAGAGAUUUUUGGUCGCCAAUAAUCUCACGUCUAUACAUCCCAUCCUGGAAUCUGAACAAAUCGAUCUGGAAGCUCUAAUGCUGCUCACUGAAACCGAUAUAGCGGCCCUCAAGCUUCCGCUUGGUCCCAGACGAAAACUCACUAAUGCAAUCGCAAACCGGAAAAAAGCGCUGAAUACGCCGGAGAGUAUCAUCAAGGACAGUAGAUUGUGAAAAGAAUAUUGUGCUAGUUACAGAGAAUAUAUGUUGCUGUUAAACAAAA